GACCCGGAAGUGGCAUGAUUCUAAGGGGCGACAAUCAUUUCAUAACAUAUUUCAGACUUGUGGUGCUGUCAAAACAGAAAACAAUUUGUGUCAACUGUGUUUUAUUGCAUUUAAAGCCAGAAUGAGUGAGAAAAUUCCUUGUGCAAACAUUGUCACCAAAAAUUGUGGUUCUGAAUCCGAUCCUCCGUCUAUUCCAAAAAGAAGACAAGAACUGCUUAAAUGGAAUGGAUGGGGAUAUAAAGAUUCCAAAUUCAUAUUAAACAAAGACAAGCAUGUGGAAUUUACAGGAGAAAGGUAUCAGCUGAGCGGUCAUACAAUGACGUUAUUGAGAGACUGGAUGAUGGCUACAGUUGGUAUCAGUUUAGAACAUAGAACACCUCCGCAGCCGGAGAUAUUAGCCAAGGACAUGCCGACCCCAAUUAGGAAUGAAGGUUUUCUGGCUGAUAUGAGAAGAACAAAUAUUUCAAUAUCUGAUGAUUGUCAAGAUAGGCUCUUCAGAGCACAUGGUCAUACAUUGAGUGAAAUGUUUGUACUUCGUGAAGGAAAUUUCAAAAGAAUACCGGAUAUAGUUAUUUGGCCAAGCUGUCAUAAUGAUGUAGUUAAAGUGGUAGACCUGGCAAACAGACAUAAUGUCUGUAUUAUACCAUUUGGAGGGGGAACAAGCGUGUCUGAAGCUCUGUUAUGUCCAACAGAAGAAACUAGAAUGAUUGUCUCCCUUGAUAUGUCACAAAUGAACAAGAUACUGUGGGUAGAUGAAAAGAAUUUAGUUGCUCAUAUAGAAGCUGGUAUCAUUGGCCAGGACCUUGAGAGAUUGCUGGGCAAGAAGGGUUACUGUACUGGACAUGAGCCUGACUCUAUGGAAUUCAGCUCCCUGGGUGGCUGGGUAGCAACUAGAGCUUCUGGAAUGAAGAAAAAUAUAUAUGGCAAUAUUGAAGAUUUAGUAGUUCAUGUAAAGUGUGUCACACCAAAAGGUACAUUAGAGAAGUCAUGUCAAGUUCCAAGAAUGUCCUGUGGACCUGAUAUACACCAUUUUAUCCUUGGAUCAGAAGGUACACUAGGUGUAGUAACAGAGGUUACUAUGAAGAUUCGUCCAGUCCCUGAAUGUAAGAGAUAUGGCUCUAUUGUAUUCCCAAAGUUCGAGAAUGGAGUCGCCUGUCUUAGAGAAAUUGCCAAACAGAAAUGUGCUCCAGCCUCAAUAAGACUAAUGGACAAUGAGCAAUUUCAGUUUGGUCAUGCAUUAAAACCAGAAUCAAAGUCAAUGUUCACCAAUUUUAUCGAUGGAUUAAAGAAGUUCUACAUUACCAGAAUUAAAGGAUUUGAUCCCACUAGUUUAGCUGUAGCAACUCUUCUUUUUGAAGGAGCUAAAAAGGAUGUUGAUGCUCAAGAGAAAAGAGUCUACGAAAUAGCUGCACAAUUUGGUGGUUUGGCAGCUGGAGCAGAGAAUGGAGAGAGAGGUUACAUGCUGACCUUUGCUAUAGCUUAUAUUAGAGACCUCGGAUUUGAGUAUUAUAUUGUAGCCGAAUCAUUCGAAACUUCAGUGCCUUGGGAUAGAUGUUUAGACCUGUGUACCAAUGUCAAGGAUAGAUUACAUAGAGAGUGUAAAGAGCGAGGUAUACAGUUCCCGCCCUACAUCACUUGUAGGGUAACCCAGUGUUACGAUGCAGGUGCUUGCGUAUAUUUCUAUUUUGGGUUUAACUACAGAGGUAUACAGAAUCCAGUACAGAUGUAUGAAGAUAUUGAGGCAUGUGCUAGAGAUGAAAUCCUUGCUAAUGGUGGAAGUAUUUCACAUCAUCAUGGAGUUGGUAAACUCCGUAAGAGGUGGCUAAAGAAGACUGUCGGUGAAGUUGGUCUGGGAGCCAUGCGAGCUAUCAAGGAAUAUGUUGACCCACAGAAUAUCUUCGGCUGUAAGAACCUGAUGGUAGGGGAACCAGAAGAAGCUCACAGUAGCCAGGAACCAGUAAAAGAUGUUUUAGUCAGCAAAUUAUGAGGUGUUGCAUGACGGGAGAUAAUUAUGUGAUAAUCAUUAAGAUGUUCUGCUUAUGCUGAUGUUUUUAUGGUUUUUUUUUAAUAUAUUUUUUUGUAACUUAUGCAUUGAGAUGCAGGACAUACAUAGAGUAUUUACACCACUUAUGUGAUGUCAGAAACAAAAAUAACUAUAUAUAAUAAUAAUAAAACUGAUUUUCAAAUCAAUAUUUUAAACUUUUUUGGGGGGAUAAAGAUAUUUAAAAAACAAAAUAUGAAUUACAGUGAAUUAACUGUAUAUAAAACGGUCACCACUUUUGACAUUGAAAUUAAAAACGACUCUUUUUUUAUAUGUUUCAUCAAAUUCCAUUUGGAGACUCUAGAAAUUCAGUAUUUUAUUAAAAAGACAUGGACUCUGUUUUGAACAUUCAUUACUGAUUAUUUAUUACAAAUCAUUAUCAUAUUCAUUAAGGAUAGUAUAGAAGUGGUGCUGAGGAUUCAUCACAAAUAAUCAUUUUAGCAUAAUAGAUUUUAUAUUAUACCAGUGUGAGAGAUGAUUAUGUUGCUAAUGCCUACAGUUUAUUGUUGGUACCAGUCUGCAUGUCUGUGUACAGUCUGGCCAGGGUAUAUAUACUGUUGGCUACCUUGCUCAUUGUUUGAGUUUUAAUAAUGAAAUCCCAUAAAAUAACAAUGGACAAGUCCAAAUAUAAUCCAGGGUGAGUUCAUUAUACAAAUUUAGGGGUGUAUGGGUUAAUGUUUGAAUGUGAAAUUACUUGCGUCUGCUUAACAAUGGACAUUUCCAAAUUGAAACCAGGGUGAGUUCAUUAUACCAAUUUAGGUGUGUAUGGGUUUUUGGGCUGAAGGUAGAAACAACUAUUUUACCCUGAGUGUAAAAUAUACUAUGGAAAUUUACUUUGUCACAUUUUUCUUUUGCAUUAGUCAAAUGCUGUUAAAAAAAAUAAUUCAGUGCAACCUUUACAGACCAACUCCCUUUGGGAUGACAACUAUUUGGUUGUCGUAGAGAGGGGUUGCUCUAUAGAGGUUAAAUUUAAGUGUUAAGUCUACCUUUAUUAGGAAAUGUUGUAGAGAGGUGCUUGUUCUGCAGAGGUUACACUGCAUUACUGAUGCUUGACUUUCACUGAUGUAUGACCAAGGACAGAAUGUUAAAGUAUAUUUAUUCAUUAGAUUAUAUGUUAUUUUUAUUUCAUAUUCAUAUCUUGUAUUCAAAAAUAUGUCAUUUAUUCAUUCUUGUUGAUAUUUUUAUGUUGAGUGAGCAAUUUCCAUUGAAAAUCAAAGCAUUCCUAUUAUUUCAGUAUUUAAUUAUGUAAAAUUCUGAUUUAUUCAUGUUUUUUUGGGGCAUUGUGUAGUAUGUUUUUGAGCCAGGGUUUUUCUUUAGGAGAUCACUUUUAUUAUACUUUAUCACAUCAAACAAUGGCAGAAUAUUUUUAAUUAA